AUGCGCUUCUUCGUGGACGAUCUCUUCUCAGACGAUGAAGACGCAGCUCAAGAUCUCAAAGCUCAGGGAACGCCCGCUAGUGAUGAAUCAGGCGUCUUUGUAAAAACCGAACUGAGCUCUCCUCUUGUUGUUGCGCUCGACGACCACGAUGUAGAUGCAUAUGCUUAUGACUACGACACAGAAGACUCUGAUGUAUAUGACACAUCCCAAAUUAUUCCAGAUGCGCAAACAUCCUGGGCGCUGUAUGAUCGCGAAACGCGCAUCGCCGUACGUGAGGCUGCGCUCCUCAAAGCGCAUGAAGUCGACAAGGUCGCGGGUCUCGUACAGGCCUGGGCGCGCGACCAAGAAGCACAGCGUCGCGCAAAGGAAGAGUCAGAAUGGCAAACUAUAUCAUUGCACCUCGAGCAAGUCUCUCUUGCUCAGCGUCAAGAAGACGAAGCCAUGAAGGCCGCCUGGGAGGCGAGGACGCAAGCCUUGGAGCUCGCCGUCGAUGAGGCCAUAUCCACGGCUGAACGCAAUGCAGAGGCACGGAAGCAACGACUUUUAGCUAUUGAAGCAGAGAAGCAACGUCGUAUAAAGGAGGCAGAAGAGGAAUCCAGGCGCUUGAUACUAGAGGAGCAGCGUCGCCAAGAAGAAAAGGCUGCACAAGAGCGUGCACGGAUCCAGCAGGAAGAAGAAAGACGGGCUGCCAAGUUGGCUGCAGAGGAAAAGCGUGAAGCUGAUGAGUUGCAGGCGCAAGAAGACACGCGGCAAGCACAGGCAGCUGCAGAGGCUGCUCAGGCAGAAGAGGCUCGACGGCAACAGGCCGCACUCGCAUCCGGGCCCAAGUUUGAAGCAGAGCAGUACCAAAGACUUUUGGAGGAGGUUGAUGUUCAAGUCAAGCAACCUAUUGCGAAAGACGCAAAGUUGAAGGACGUUUGUCUGCGAGCCAAAAUGGUCAUCAACAGAAGGAUUGGCACGAUGACAGGUUCGACUCAAGCUCUCAAAGUGAUUGUACAAGACAUCCACAGAGAAUUAACAAGGGCUGGAGAAACAGAUCCUCGCUGUUUGCGCUGGUUACUGAAUGCUACGUGCAAGAAAGUGGUAACUCAGGCGAGACGGGAAGCGGAAGCCAUAUCCAAGGCUGCAUAUCCCAUGGCGCUGCUCACCAUCCUCCUCGUCAAGCCCUUUCCGGAACUCAAAGAUUUGUUCCUUGCUCGUCUUGCCAAGCAGUGCCCAUGGACCAUUCCAUACGUCGACUACGAUCUAAGUAUGGAGGGCGGCCGCAAGGCUCUAGGCUGGAAAGCCAAGGACAAUGGUCGGUACACGGACUUUGAGACAUAUGCUCGGGAGCAAAAGGGCGUGUUUACUCUUUUUAUUGCAGUAACGACAAUCGACCUCGAAGGAUCAGCCUUUCACAUUGGACUAUGCUGGCGGACAAUUAGCCGUUUGUUGAACACCCAACUCGAGAACGACGAACUGCGCAAAAUGUCCUACCUUAUGCUUGAGGCCUUUUUGCAGUUGGGCGGUCCCUCUAUACAAGAGGCUUAUGGCGAACUUGGCCGUCAGUUGCUUGUGGUCUGUGGUGCUUACGUUGGUCAAGAAGCAGUCGGAUCUGAGGCGAGUCGGCUACGCAUUGCAGUGGAGAAUAUUGAAGGGCGUGCCAGUGCUGCCAAGUUCAAAUUUGGACCUUGA